GGAAAGGGGUUUCCUGGCUAGCCUACAGAGUUGCUGUGUAAUACAUAUCACUCACAACAGAACCUAACAUAUUUGGAAAGGAUACACUUGUGUUGUGACACAGUGACAGUCAGAUUAUUUUCUACGGAAACAGAAAGCGAACGUCCAAGAUAUCCAGCUGACCCUUGGAACUGUCAGGUUAUGGCCAAUCCCAAACCUCUCCUGAUCCCAUGGCUGAAGGAACAGAUAAACAGUGGGCGUUACCCUGGAGUUCAGUGGACCAAUGGGGAGCGAACAGAAUUCUGCAUUCCAUGGAAGCAUGCUUUGAGGCAGGACUCCAACAGUGAUGAUAUUCUCAUUUUCAAGGCGUGGGCAGAGGCAAGUAUGGGUAGGCAGUCCGAUGGUGGAACCCACGGAGACCCCUCGGUGUGGAAGAGAAACUUCCGGAGUGCCCUGAGAGCAAGGGGCUUCUCCAUGUUGGCGGACAACAAGAAUGACGCAGCCAACCCACACAAGGUCUACCGCUGGCCCACAGAAGGGUCCCAGUCGAGUGCAUCCUGUGAAGCCUCCCCUGUGCAAAACAGUCCCCUUGAAACGGUUGCCCAGCCAGGUUAUGAGGAAUUGUACUUGGCAGAAGAGGAAAUCUUCCAAAACAAGAAUCCGGAUUUAUUGCAGCAAUGUAUGGAUGACCUUUGUAUAUAUGAGUCGCCUCAAAUAGAUCAUACUGUGGGUAUUGACGGAGGUGUGGUGCAGUGCAUUGCUGCGCCACCUGAAGCAGUACCGGGCAUGACUGUGCCCGAUGCAAAUGGUGCCGUUUUUGGGGAGCAGUACUACGUUCAGGACACCCUCUGUGUUGUCCCUCAGCACCUGGCUUUUCCAGUAGAGGAGGUUCUAGUGACACCCAACAUUGACCAACCCGAGGAGCAGCCAGUGAUCACCACACUCCAACCCAUGGACUUCAGGACCUGUUUUACUGUGGUGGUUUACUACCGAGGCCAGAGGGUGAAGGAAGAGCUUGUGACGAAUGAAGCCGGUUUCAGGCUGGCAUACAGACAAGAGGAUUGUGUGCCAUCAGACCCAAGCCUCCUGACAGUGCUCCUUCCACCUCCAAGCAACAUGCACGACCAGAAGGCAUUAAAACUGACCACAAGGAUCCUGGAGACAAUGGGCAGGGGACUGGAGGUGAAGGUCUCUAACGCUAACUACGGCUCUAACAUCUACGGCAGUCGCCACGGCGAAUGCCAUGUCUUCUGGAGUACCGACAAGUAUGAACAGAGCUCAACACCAAGAGAGCUGGCCAAGCAAGAGCCUGAAAUCAUAUUUUCCGUUAGCCAGUUUAUCUCAGAUUUGAUGGGUUAUGCCGAUAAGCAAUGUGAAUGCCCCUCCACGUCGCUCUUCUUCUGCCUUGGAGAAAAGUGGCCUGACCCAAAGUCCAAGCCUUGGGACAAGAAACUCAUCGUGGUGGAGGUGAUUAUUGAUGUCCUUGAGAAACUAAAAAUGGUGGCAGUACAAGGAAAUGGAGGAGCCUCUUCUCUACCGUCAUCAGCGGAACUGCAGCUGUCAUUGGAGCAGAUCAUGAUGGACUGGUCUUAAUAAUGGUGGACACUCAGAUUAGAUAGAUAGAUAGAUAGAUAGAUAGAUAGAUACUUUAUUGAUCCCCAAGGGGAAAUUCAAGAUUGGUCAAAGGAAAAAAACAUCAGUUCAUUCAAAGACCUGUGGAUUUCUUAAGAGGAGCCAAUCUGCUCUUUUUAACACUUUAUAUUCUGUUUACAUUCUGCUACAUACCUGACAUGUGGUAUGUCUCGUUGGUGAAUGGCUGGGUAAGUUUGCUAUGUGUCACGGUCCAGGCAGCGCCAGGCUGUUUUUGUUCUGGCUGUCUACAGAGACCGUGUUUUUUCUUUUUUUUUUACAGUGUACUCAGGGGACAGGCUGCUAGCGGAUUGUGAUAAGAUGCUUGAUGCAUGUGACAAAAAAUGCUUUUCUGAAAAAAAAAAUCACUCAUUAGGAGAGGAUGGGAUGCCCAUUUGUAAAGGCAAGAAUCAUAAAAUGAACUAACAAAUGAAAUUAAUUAACGUUUUACUUUACAAACACAAUAGUUACCUGAAACAAUUUAUUUAAUAGAUGCACAGUGCCUGUGUGACAGACUUGUGUGACAUUGGUUAUACUGUAUACUACUCACAAACAGUCAGGGAUAUUCGGCUUUCGGUUGAAAUUUCAGGAUGAGCCUAGCCUGGUAGUAAACCAGACCCUGGAAUCUUUCAGAUUAAGGGUCUGGCCACGAAUAAUGAAAAUGGCCCAACUCGAGGGGCGGCACCAAGCAUGCAUUUGGAAAUCUCACUGCACGCAAUUGGAUAACACUACGACCAAUGUUUACUUUGACUGAUUCUUGACUUUGACACAAUUGGAUAAGACUGCGACCAAACACGAAAGUUGGAGCGCUGUCGUCAUCAAUUUAGCUCGCCCACUCCUUUUUUGGUUUCCCCCGAUGCCUGGGGUAAAAGUAACGUGCAUCAUUGCUCAUUGCCAGAGUAUCUUGCGAACCCAAUUCAAAUUGUGCUCUCGCGAGAACUCUGGAUUUUCAGGGUAGGAUGAGCUUAAAAUCUUUACAGACUUUACAGGUGAACUUAAUGUGAUAUUCUCUAAACUUUAGAAUGGUCAUGUCCAACAUGUUCAAUGUUUCAGUACUUUCUGUUCACUCGAAAGCCAGAUAUGCCUUACUGUUUGUGAGUAGUGAAUGUGGUAUUGAAUUAUGGAAUGGGAAUGGAGUUUUUAGAUCAAAUAAAUGCAUUUUAAGUCGAAAGGUGCUAUCCAUGAUUCAUUUUAGGUUUUGGUAAAAAACUGUUAAUAUUUGUGAAGCUUUGUGAAGUUUUACCCAAUGAAGGAGAGAAGCAUGAUGAGGAGGAGCAUCGAGUUGAAUUAGACAAAAAGAAUCAGUGGUCUGGUCAAUGUUUUCUAUGUGUAUGGAACAAGUAAUAAACUUGGAUUAAAGGUGCAUUCUGUGGUU